ACGAAGAGCGAGGACUUGUGUUGCUGCAAAGGCACGCGAGCCUCCCCUUUUUCCAUUACAGGCUUACAGCCCAUCAUCCCACUUCUCUCUAACGCGCACACCCUUCUAGAGAUGGAUUCGCCGAGGAAAGCUCCGGAGAUCGUAGCAUUGUUAGAUCUGAAGCCGCACCCUGAUGGGGGGUUCUACUUGGAGACCUUCAGAGACUUCUCCAUCACCCUUCCUAAAUCUCAGCUACCUCCCCACUACAAGGUGUCUCGUCCUGUGAGCAGUGCAAUCUACUUCUUGCUGCCAUCAGGGGGCAUUGCUCACCUUCAUCGCAUCCCUUGCGCUGAAAUCUGGCACUUCUACUUGGGGGAACCACUCACGGUAUUUGAACUUUACAAUGAUGGCCGCAUCAAACUGACCGUAGUUGGGCCCGACUUAGAAGCAGGUCAUCGGCCCCAGUACACAGUUCCGCCAGAUGUGUGGUUCGGUGCAUUCCCAACUUUAGAUGUUGAGAGCUGUUCUGCUGACGGCAGCGUUCUUGUCAAGGCUCCAAAACGCGACCCCGAGCUACAUUAUUCUUUCGUUGGUGUCACCUGUGCACCUGCAUUUCAGUACGACGACAAUGAGUUAGCAACACGAGCCGAGCUCAAAAAUCUUGCUCCCAGUGCUGAACCUUUCCUCAAUUACCUCAUUCCGUAAGAGGCAAAAUGCAGGAUUGUCUUUGUUGGUUUGCUUAGCUAUGUGAACGAAAGUCCAUAUACAUUCCUCUAAAUGGAAAUAUGGUCCAGUAUUUGUCAAUUUGAACAUCUGAUUGUCUAUAUGUUGGUAAUCUCUGAGCAAGUUGCCCUUCCUGUCUGUUGCUUCCUGCU